AUGGGCAGCUUCCAGCUGGAAGACUUCGCGGCGGGCUGGGUCGGGGGUGCUGCCAGCGUCAUCGUCGGCUACCCUCUGGACACCGUCAAGACUCGCCUGCAGGCCGGCGUCGGCUACAGGGGCACCCUCCACUGCAUCCGAACGGUGUACAGCAGGGAGAGCGUCUUCGGCUUCUUCAAGGGCAUGUCCUUCCCCCUGGCCAGCAUCGCCGUCUAUAACUCAGUGGUGUUUGGGGUGUUCAGCAACACGCAGAGACUCCUGGGGCGGCACCGCUGUGGGGAGCCCGAGGACAGCCCGCCCCGCAGCCUGUCUGACCUGCUCCUGGCCAGCAUGGUGGCCGGUGUGGUCUCAGUGGGCCUGGGCGGGCCCGUGGACCUCAUCAAGAUCCGGCUGCAGAUGCAAACACAGCCAUUUCAGGAAGCCAAGCUGUCCAGGACGGUGGCCCUUGGGGAGCAGCCGGCGUACCAGGGCCCCGUGCACUGCUUUGCCACCAUCAUGCGGACUGAGGGCCUGGCUGGGCUGUAUCGGGGGGCCAGCGCCAUGUUGCUGAGGGACGUCCCUGGCUACUGCCUCUACUUUAUCCCCUACGUGCUCCUGAGCGAGUGGAUCACGCCCGAGGCCUGUGCCAGCCCCAGCCCUUGCGCUGUGUGGCUGGCGGGCGGCGUGGCAGGAGCAAUUUCUUGGGGGACAGCAACUCCCAUGGAUGUUGUGAAAAGUCGACUCCAGGCAGACGGGGUGUAUUUAAACAAAUACAAAGGUGUCCUGGACUGUAUCUGUCAGAGUUACCAGCAGGAGGGUCUGAAAGUGUUUUUCAGGGGCAUCACUGUGAACGCGGUGCGGGGCUUCCCCAUGAGCGCGGCCAUGUUCCUCGGCUACGAGCUCUCACUGCAGGCACUCCGCGGGGACCACGCCGUGACCAGCCCGUGAGCACCAGGGCUGGUGUCCCCUGACCUGGGCCUCGCUCCACAACAGCUCGACGCCCCAGAAGCUGUGGCGAGAAUGAUGGGCUCCACCCGCAGUGCUCUUCGCCUGGUGGGCCCUCUGCUCGCUGCCGUCCCAAGCACUCUGCUGCCCGCCCGGCUGGCUCCGGGUAUGGCCUUGGAAGGAACCUGGGCCCAUGGGCCAAUGGUUCGCCGUCUGGCUCGGCUCUCGACAGCACCUGGUAAAAAAGAGGGUCACAUAGACCCUGAGUCCCUGACGCUUGUAUAUUCCUGGGGGCGCUGACGUUGCCGCGAAGUUUCCGAAUAAAGGAGUGGAAAUCCUCUCUGGGUUGUUCCUGAAUGUGCUGCCCUUGCCUGUCUUCCCUGGCAGCUCUUCCCGGGGGAGGAGAGGGGCUGCCCUGGGCCACAGUCCUCGCUCUCGCUCUCUGGUGCCCGCAGUCAUGACUGUGUGACCCUGUGUUUUCCUGCCACUGAAGCCCCCCUACAUUGUUCACUCCCCGGGGACAGCGCCGAUGAGCUGGGACAGCAUCCCAGAGUGUCGGGCCCCUGGCCAGCCCCACAUGGGGCAGGGAGAAG